AUGGAAACGCAAUGGGCUCGUGGUUUGUUCCCUCUCUUAAGUAAGUUAUGAACAAUUGCAAUUGAUGUAGUGUAGGUGAAAUACUCAAAGUCGUUGUUUUGUUUUGUUUUGUUUGUUUCUUCGUCAGUUUUACUCAUAACUGAAUGAACGGGUUUAUAUCUUGUGCUAAAAGGGGCUAUGUCACAAGGAUGUUGCUGUUUUUGGUCAAUUAUGUGCUUACUGCCAAAUUUAGCCAAAAGCAAAUUUUGACCAAAUUUCCAAAUUUCCUUUUGUGAAAGUUGAAAAAGAAAUAGCUUUCUGUGAAAGUACAGACAGAGAGCUUUCAUUUGAGUGGCCAUGCAUGCACAACACAGGAUUUUGUCCGCAGACUCGAAAGUUACAUUCACCUUACAAAACUCUAUCAAGCACUCUGGCAGUGAAAGGGUUAAGUCACAAAUAUUCUCCUGAGUUAGAGAUAUAACAAAGAUAUCAACUUUAUCAAGCAAAUAUCAUCAGGCAGCAUUACCCAUCACAAUUUUUUGGGUGAUUUUUGCAGUUAUAGCGUUAAAAAAAAAAAAACUUCAGAAAGUUGGGACAACAUUGUCUUAAUCCGUGUAGAUCCUUGGGGUCAUCCUUGCUAUCCUUUGUAACAGACGAAAGGAAACGGUUUCAAUGCUUAAACAUAGUCUAUAAAAUAACAAAGCUAGACCAUUCUAUUUAUGCGAGUUCAGUUAUUAGCAUUUAAAAGAUAGCAAAUAGCGUGACAAACCGCUUUUAAAUAUAUAAUUUUUACUGUUUUUUUUAAUGCAAAGAGUAUCAGAAAUUAUGGUUAUUGUCUUUGAUAACAGCUACGUGCACCUGGGUGUUGAUGACAUCUGCUGCAGUGUUAUCCUCAGGCCAUUCAAGCACUAAGGCGAGUAGUGUCCGCGAUGUUGCAGGGAAUUCGAAUGUGGCAGGCCAAAAUACAGCCGCAGUACCUUCACCGCCUUCUGUCUCCACGUCAUCCUCAAACUUUUAUCUUUCAAGUACCUUGGCCAUAAGUAGUUCGUCAUUUGUGACACUAAGCUCUGGUGUGGCAAAAGAACUAAGCACACCCGCAUUGCCGUUGGUGUCGUCUAGGCUGGUGGCAUCAUUGGCUGUUGUGUCAAAAUCAGUUGUUCGUUCAAGCCGUCCAUCCAGAAGUGAAUCCUCACCUGUUGCAAUGAGUUCGAACUGGGAUUUGGAGCGAGGUACAUCCGUAUUGCCCUCAGUCUCUUCCUUGCUGUUGUCAUCGUUACCUAUUUCUCCAAGCAGCUUACAACGAGGCUAUUUUUCAUCUGUCGUAGUGAGCACUACUCUGGUAUUAGAUAAAAGCACAACUGAAACACCUUCACUGUCUUCCAUGCUGCUUGCACCUUUAACAAGAUUAGGUACGUUAUUUUAAAAAUCUCAUUGUGAUACAACGAACAUUAUUAUGUGUAACAGUAUCGUAACCAGGCGGAGUAGAAAAGGCGUACCCAAUCUGCGUGCAGUAUUAUUCAGCUUUUGCAACAAAAAGCUUUUUCUCGUUGAACUGUCUUGGCUAAGGCCCAGUUCAAACGUCGAAUUUCACAUGUGCCGAACUUAAUUCCUGUUUUAGUCCACUAAAAUAGUUAAAUACGGCAUUUGAUUCAAACGUCGCAUUUAAUUUAAACAGUUGAAUUUAAUUGAUUCAAACGUCGCACUUCACAUGCAUCUUACUGACUCUCGCGUCAAGUUCGGCACAUGUGAAAUUCGACGUUUGAACCGGACCUAAGAAAAAAAGUUCAAUGUUAUAUACUUCUAAAUAACAAUUAUUCAGCUCAGUGUCAGUGGCUAUUUAAGAAAUGGUAAACGUGCAGCGUGCAACCAUGGAGUUAUGGAUGCACGCGGGAGGUUGCUAAGCACGAAAGAAGCGUAAGAAUCGUGCGACUCUAGCUUCUUAUUUAGUCUUUCCGUCCCGCAUUUGGUUUUGAUCUAAUUCCUUCCCACGUUAACUAGAUUCUUUCUUAAAAGUGAUAUAAUUCUAAUUGUCCUCGAUACUUAAGUUCAGUCCAUUUAUAUUGCUUGCAGUCUGUCCCAAUAUGGCAACCCUGAAUGAGACAUCAGGAGUUCUUACCAGUCCUUACUAUCCAAGGCGUUAUCCUUUUAACAAGAAAUGCAGCUGGAAAAUUCUAGCAAGUAAAGGAGAACGUAUUGUGUUUGUCAUUAAAGACAUAGAUAUUCGGAACUGUGGUUCAUCUUGCACGUGUGACUACCUGGAAAUACAAAAUGGCUCAUCCUCUGAUGGCAUCUCAGGCAGGCGAAGAUGUAGAUCAGAUAAAGACAGUGGGAUAGUAUACCAUUCCGCAAAAGAUGUUCUGAGGGUGACGUUUGUUUCUGGUGCUAGGACUUACCGGGUGUACCGUGGAUUUAAGGCAACUUACAUUAAAGUGAAAUAUAAUGCAACAACCACCGGUAGGUCAUUAGAAAUCGGCUUUUAACGCAUUAACACAUGUGCUGAACACCUUCACAAAUUAAGUUGAAGGUGCACGUGCAGGCGACCAGGUUGUAAAUUUUCAAGCAAGGAAUAAAAAUUAUUGUUGCCUUAUAACAGGGUCAUGGCAACUGUUGCAUUCAAAUACUUUACAGAGUAACACACGAAAAAAACUAAAAUGUCGAUGAAAUGCCAACCAUUUUUAUUGGUAUGAAAUUUUAAAAGAGUUUGGUAGUAAAUCUCUUACUUUUUAUGUUUAUCUGUAGUAAUGCUUUCAAUUGAGUUUUUUUUUGUUUUGGUUCACAGCCAGAUUACUCUUUGAUUUUGUACUAUAAAUCUAAAUCACAGUUUGCUUCCUUUGGUUGCAGCUUGUACCUCCGGCGAAUAUCUUAAUGGCUUCAUUGGAUUCUUUUCAACUCCAAAUUUUCCAAGUAACUACCCACAAUACAGCAGAUGUACCUGGAAUAUCACAGUUCCCAGCGGGUACAUCAUUAAACUUAGCUUCUUCUAUUUUCGAUUGGAGCCUAAUCAGUACAUUUCCUGCUAUAAUGCUCCAGAGGCCCGUGUUACAGUCACAAAUGUUGCUUCAGAUGAUGGGUAUCAACCGUUCAUGCUGUGCGGCCAGUCUCUUCCUCAUCCAGUGUACUCGGUAGGGAAUUCCGUUCAAGUCAUAUUCACGUCUCUGAACAGUCAAUACCCAGGGUUUAAUGCAACUUACACGGCUAUCUCUUAUAGUUCAGGUAUGUGGCAUACAUUAUUUACAUUACCAACAACAACUCGCCCCAUAAAAGGUGAUCCAAGAAAGUCUUGGUUUCUGGAUUCCGGAUGUCAGUGGCAUUUAGAUUGAUGAUUCCAAUGUUAAGUAGGAUUUCGGACUCCUCGAGUAGAAUCGCAUAUUGCAAAUUUCAGGAUUCCGCAUUCCAUAAGCCAAUUGUUUCUCCGAUUCCGGUAUCCCGAUUACAUACCUCACAUGGCGGGAAACAACGGCCAUAAACAGACAAACAAAAAAAAUCACUUUCUAUGGAGCUAGAUCGAUCUCACACUAUCAAGCAAUUUCGGUACUUACCAGGCGAACAAACAAUUAACUCAGAAAAUAUUGACGUAUUACUGCUUGAAAAUGUAAAAGAGCAAAAGAGGAAUAAUGAAAUGCCAAAGGAAACACGAUUGGAUCGGUAAAACUUAACAUGAUAUUGCAUUCAAGUAUACUUGAAGAAUACCUGUGUUUCAAGUUUGUCCUUAUUUGUACGCAAGUCUGAUGCUCUCGAGAAUCAUCAGUUGCUAUGUAGAGACGACAAAGAGGUUUCUUUCGCCAAUUUUAUGUUUAAAGGCUCAGAGUGAACAAAGAAAGAUCAAAUUUAGCUCUCUGUCUAAAUGAAAGGCCAAAAUAAAAAAUCAGGCCGGUUUUUUUUAUGUGUGUGGCUCGCUACAAGUCUGGUAACGCGUAAACUAGCCUUUUUACACUAUCUUUGAGGUAAACACAACUAUCAGGCGUUGUUUUUUUAUUAGACCUCGGACAGAAUUUAUGUCACAUUUUUUUCCCUAUUUUAAUUAUAAUUCUGCAGUUUUUUACAGAAUAAUCUUACAAGACAAAUUGCACUCAUUCAAUAUUCAGGACGAUCGAAGCACGCGCUUCCCUUGCACAACAAAUUAUGAAAAUAACAUCAUAAAAAGUAAUUUAUAUAGAGAAUUCACCAUUAGAUGGGACUGUUCAGUCAGGUCAAUCUGCCAUUAUGUUGUACGCAGGGUAAUAAUGGACUUUGAGCAAAAACUUACUUAUUUUAAUUCAAUUUACAAAAUCAUCCGUCCGACCAGCCAAUUCUAAAUUUUUUCCAAGCGCCAAAACGUACAAAGCGAGCUGUUGAGUAUUUGAAUGAAGGCUGGUAAUGAGGAAGAGGUCUCAGAAUCAUUUUCGUUUGCAUUUUACUUCUAAAACGCCAUAUUCAUUUGAUACACGCAGCAUUUUAAGUACUCCUGCAUGCGCAUUGUUCACGGACGACUGAAAAUAGCAAUAAGCAAAGCGAUAAGAAAGAUCAGAUCGAUGUCUUGACAAACAAUAAACACAAAAAAAAUUAUUCAACGAAACAUUUAAAAGGACUACAAUUAUUUAUUUACGAAGACGUGUAUUGAGAGUGAAGUGUCUCUGAAUAUCCUGAGUCACGAGUAAAACCUUGCAGAUUUAAGCCUUAAGUUUUAAAGUAAGCGCAGGCACCUAAUACCUACUAAAAUGUCAGUUUGAGUCACCGAAUGGACUCGUAAGACAACAUCAUCUCGAUGAUUGAAAAAAAGGUUUUUCCAGAAACAAACAAAAAACGCUUCUGGCGCAUCCCUAAAUUAUUCAGUCUUUCCGCCCCGCAUUUGGUUUUGAUCUAAUUCCUUCCCAAGUUAACUAGAUUCUUCCUUGAAAGUGGUAUAAUUCUAAUCGUCCUCGAUACUUACGCUCAGUCCAUUUGUAUGGCUUGCAGUCUGUCCCAAGAUGGCAAUAUUGAAUGAGACAUCAGGAAUUCUUACCAGUCCUUACUACCCAAGGCCUUACCCUUCUUACAAGAAAUGCAGCUGGAAAAUUACAGCAAGUAAAGGAGAAAGCAUUGUGUUUGUCAUUUUAGACAUUCAUAUUUGGGACUGUUAUUCAUCUUGCACGUGUGACUACCUGGAAAUACAAAAUGGCUUAUCCUCUGAUGGCAUCUCAGGCAGGCGAAGAUGUAGAUCAGAUAAAGACAGUGGGAUAGUAUACUAUUCAGCAAAAGAUGUUCUGAGGGUGACGUUUGUUUCUGAUAGUUAUACUUACUGGGAGUACAGUGGAUUUAAGGCAACUUACAUUAAAGUGAAAUAUAAUGCAACAACCACCGGUAAGUUGUUAGAAAUCGGCUUUAAACGCAAAGUUAAAGGUUUAUGUGCAGGUGAUCAAUUUUCAAGCAAGUUAGAUAAAAUAUUAUUGCCUUAUAACAGGCUUAUAGCAACUGUAACAUUCAAAUACUUUACCGAGUAAAACAACACAUAACUAAAAUGUCGGUAAAAUGCGAACAAUUUUCAUUUGCAUGAUGUUAAAAGUGCUUGGUAGCAAAUCUCCUAUUAUUUAAGUUUGUCUAUUGCAACGCUUUCGAUUGAGUUUUCUUGUUUUUUUUUUUUUUUUUUUUUUUUUUGGUUGACAGACAGGUUACUCUUUGAUUUUGUACUAUAAGGCUAAAUCAUAGUUUAUUUCCCCUUAUUGCAGCUUGUAUCUCAGGCGAAUAUCUAAAUGGCUUCAUUGGAUUCUUUUCAACUCCAAAAUUUCCGAGUAACUACCCUCAAUACAGCAGAUGUACCUGGAAUAUCACAGUUCCCAGCGGGUACAUCAUUAAACUUAGCUUCCUUUAUUUUCGAUUGGAGCCCAAUCAGGACAGUCCCUGCUAUUAUGAUGCUCCAGGAGCCCGUGUUACAGUCACAAAUGUUGCUUCAGAUGAUGGGUAUCAGCCGUUCAUGCUGUGCGGUCAGUCUCUUCCUCAUCCAGUGUACUCGGUAGGGAAUUCCGUCCAAGUCAUUUUCACGUCUCUGAACAGUCAAUACCCAGGGUUUAAUGCAACUUACACGGCUAUCUCUUAUAGUUCAGGUAUGUGGUAUACAUAA